AUGUCCUUUAACAACGGUUACCCCGACCAGUUCCCCCAGGGCCAGCCCCAGGGUGACAUGAACAACCCGACCCCGCAGCCCGGCGACAUGGGCCAGCCUAUGGACACUUCUGGUAACGGUUUCCCACCACAGGGAAACAUGGGCCCUCCCGGCAGCGCUGGCGGCGAUGGUCAAGGCCAGGGCGCCGGCAAGACCACUCUCUGGAUGGGUGAGCUCGAGCCGUGGAUCGACGAGAACUUUGUGCGCAGCAUUUGGUACAACAUGGGCGAGACCGUCAAUGUCAAGAUGAUCCGCGACAAGUUCUCCGGCAGCAAUGCUGGAUAUUGCUUCGUUGACUUUGCUAGCCCUGAUGCUGCAGCCAAGGCACUCAGCCUCAAUGGCUCACUGAUUCCCAACUCGAACCGCCCCUUCAAGCUGAACUGGGCCUCUGGAGGUGGUCUUGCUGACAGGAGGCAAGUGUCCCAAGUCUCGAAAUACAAGCACAUGGCUAAUGAGUCGAACAGCCGAGACGAGCGUGGCCCCGAAUUUAGCGUAUUCGUUGGAGACUUGGGCCCGGAGGUCACCGAGUUCGUCCUCGUCCAACUUUUCCAGAACAAGUACGCGUCCACCAAGUCCGCCAAGAUCAUGUCCGAUCCCAUCAGCGGCAUGUCGCGCGGCUACGGAUUCGUUCGCUUCGCCAGCGAAGAUGACCAACAGAAGGCUCUCACCGAGAUGCAGGGCGUCUACUGCGGCAACCGCCCAAUGCGCAUCUCCACCGCUACUCCCAAGAACAAGAGCGGUGGCCCCGGCGGUCCCGGUGGAAUGGGCAUGCCCCAAGGUGGCGGCGGCCCUGGCAUGGGCAUGUACUCGAUGAACGCUCCCCCAAUGGGAGGCUACUACGGCACUCCUCAGCCUAUGAACCAGUUCACUGACCCCAACAACACUACCGUCUUUGUCGGCGGUCUCUCUGGCUAUGUCACCGAGGAUGAGCUUCGAUCCUUUUUCCAAGGCUUCGGUGAGAUUACCUAUGUCAAGAUUCCUCCAGGCAAGGGAUGCGGCUUCGUCCAGUUUGUGCAGCGCCAUGCCGCAGAAAUGGCCAUCAACCAGAUGCAAGGCUACCCGAUCGGCAACUCUCGCGUCCGUCUGAGUUGGGGUCGCUCACAGAACAACUCGGGCCCGGCUGGCACCCCUUACCGCCCUGCACCACCUCCACCUGUGCCAUUCGGUCCCGGAAUGGGCAUGCCUCCACAACACCCCUAUGGCGGCGCUGGCGGUUACGGUCCUAUGAUGAAGUCUGGGAUGCCUUCACCAUAUUCGCCCACGACGAAUAACCCUGCCGGCGGUCAAGCCAAGGGCGGACAGAACAGUAACCCUGUUGGUCCCGGCGCGUACAGUGGUUACAUGUCACCUCAGUCAGCCGGCCCCAACAACCCUGGAUACGGAACCUCCGACUUCAACUCGGCCUUUUCACAGCAGCUGCCUUCCCAGCAGUAG